AUGGAGGAGCUUGUUGACGCAGGACUCGUCAAGUCUAUUGGUGUAUCAAAUUUCAACAAAAGUCAGAUCGAACGACUUCUUAAAGUGUGCCGCAUAAGGCCUGUUGUUAACCAGAUCGAAGUCUCCGUCAACUGGAUGAACAGUAAAAUGGUGGAGUACGCGAAAAGCAAAGACAUCAAAGUGACCGCAUACGCGCCGUUUGGUUCGCCUGUUUUUAUUCGGUAUGUCACUUUCGAAAUACUGUUACCAAGUUUCCUUUUCUUUCCGGUGGACUGUCGGAUUUUAUUUUUUUCAAAUUGUUUGAGUAAAGUGGAUGUACAGCCAGUAACCGAUCCCAUAAAAUGUUGAUUAAAAUUUUAAAAUGAGUUUUGAAACUAGGUUUUUAAGUUUGUUUUUUUGUUAUGCAACAUUAUUCCAAAAUACUUCAGACGUGCCAAGAUUCGUUUUUGCCUCGUACAAUGUCUUCACGUCGUAGAAACCGAACUGAAGUUAAAGUGACUAUUUAAUCAAUUUGCAUCUUUUAUAUUGGCUUUCGAUGUUCAUAUAGAUUCAGAUAUAUUUCAAAGAAACCAUAAACAAAAAUAUACUUCCUCAUAUUCAUUCGUUAUCAAAUAACAUAUUCUUCAAACUCUAAUCGCAGGAAAGUUAUUCGUAGGUUCCUUAGAAGAUUUUCCAUUUCACACAUCAUUUUGAUCCCGAUCUCCCGUUGCAUUUCCGUCUCAGGUUUUCCGUCUACCAUGGGUACACCUUCUGUGUAAGGAAAGCCAAGUAUUAUCUUAUGCCAUUAAGGUGAUAUAAUAUGGGGUUCAUAGCACUUUACAAUUCAUGCUGACUCUGCGGUAUACCUCAUGACGAGCAUUGGUAAACGGAAAGAUAACAUGUUAUCAAAGUGGAAAUUUAACGGUUUGAAAGAAUCUCAUAAUUAUAAAGUUCUUGAACGCCAAAAGAUGCCUUUUAUUCGGAUAUUCGAUUUAAAAAGGCGUGAUUUCCUGCACAAAUGAAUACAAACUGAUUAUUUUUGUUUAUAUUUUCUGUAAAAGAUAUUAUAACAAAUAGUGGCAUUGAAAAUCAAAAUGAAAAAUCAUGCUACUCAAGUGGUCACUUUUAUACGUACUACGGAUUUUGCAGGCUGCCAAAAAGAAAUACUUUCAAGAGCUAACAUUCUGAUUUGUCUGAAAUAUGAUUCCAGUUAAGCAGUUUUUUCUAAUCGAAAGUACAUUUUAUAAUUUUAGUUGACAUCGCUUGAGAUGGGCCACCGACUGUAUAUGUUUUAAAAAGGCCCAUUGAAGGAGUAGUACUUAUUUUUUCUAUUCUCUUCUAUUGGAAGUAUGCGUAGGGGGUUUUGGUUAUGUUUGACAAGGUUGCUAGGAAAAAACAGCCAUCCUAGUUCAUUAAGAAAAGUGAUGUUUAAUUUUACGUGAGCUUUUAACGCACGGGGUUUCAGUGUGUCCAGGAACAACUUCAUGCCUUAGUUCUUGAUUUACUUUUUUAGACCCACACCUAUCCCAUCACCGCUGCAAGAGGACUACGUGGUUAAGAUUGCAGAGGCGCACUCUAAAACGCCAGCCCAAGUGCUCCUUCGCCAUGCUUUGCAGCGUGGACUUAUAGUCAUACCUGGGAGCAUAAAUGCUGGACGCAUCAGACAAAAUAUUGACGUAAGUCACGACAACUCUUAGGGGAUUACCUAACUUAUCACACGUGAUUUUAUAAUCCACUCUAAUAGUAGUCGUAGCGAAAGUCUAAAUACGCUAGCUAUUUAAAUCCCAUUGCAGGUUUUCGACUUCGAACUCACGGAAGAUGAGAUGCGAAUCCUGAGCACGAGUGGGAAAAACAUUCGACUCUUCUCCUUACCUUGGUAAAUUUGCUUUCUCCAAUACUCACCAACCUUCCUAGCAUCGCGAAGCACCCGGAAUACCCGUUCCAUGACGAGUACUGA